ACAAAAAUGACUCAAACCACCUUUUACUUUUUUCUCUUACUACUCUCAACCACCUAUGCUUCAGAAACUAGAACAUAUAGUUACUCCCCAACUCCUACAACCUACUAUAGUACCCCAAAUCUUCCUCCAGCGCAGCCAACAACCGACAUUUAUCUAUACUUAAACGGCCAAAAUGCUGCUCGGGCCGCUGUCAGAGUGCCCCCUCUGUCGUGGGACAACCGUCUAGCAGCGUACGCGCAAUGGUGGGCUAACCAACGGCGUUACGACUGUGCUCUAAGGCACUCUAGUGGACCAUAUGGGGAGAACAUAUUUUGGGGGAGCGGUGAUAAUUGGUCACCAGCUUUUGCAGUACAAUAUUGGGUUGCUGAGGGAAAGUAUUAUAAUUAUUACUCUAAUUCUUGUUCUUAUGGACAGGAUUGUGGACAUUACACCCAAAUUGUUUGGAGAAAUUCUAGAAGAGUUGGUUGUGCUAAGGUUGUUUGUUAUAAUGGUCGUGGUGUUUUUAUUACUUGUAAUUAUGACCCACCGGGUAACUAUAUUGGAUCAAGACCCUAUUAAGUAGAGAUACUCUUUUAAAAGACUGAUUUUCGAUGAGACGGUCUCAAAUUAGGAGUUUGUAUUUAUGUAAUAUGUAUGUGAUGUAUUAUUUAAUCUACAUAUGAGGCAUUAUAUAACAGUUUGUGUAUUAGGAAAUAUCUGAUUAUCCAUCAAAAAUGUUAGUUUUUGGCCCAAUAAGUGGCUUUGCCCCAUGUAAGCCCAAGGGUUACAAAUAGUUUGAUGACCAUUAUUAGUACAUGGGGUUAAAAGAGAUUCAGUCAGUUAGGAACAAGUAUUACUUUUCUUAGAUAAAGUCUUGGAUUUGAUUCUCAUCUAACUCACUCGUUCUCUCAGUCUAUCCUAUUAUGAAAA